UGUAAGUCGCUUCAAGUCGAGGUGGAGCCGAUGUCCGCCGACGAGGGUUAACAGGCGAUUUCGGAGCGCGGGAAGCGAGUCCCUCAUCAUCAUCACCACCAUCAUCGCCAUCACCUCAGAAUCGUCGGGUUGCCUUCAGUCUAGAACGCCCCUCGGUAUUGUGACAGGGACAGUUCCCCCGCGGGGAAUAUGGCGAGUGUCAGAAAUGGAAUCGCAGGCAGAGGUGGCGGCGGCGGCGGCGGCGAGGAGGAAAAUUUUGAAGAUGCCUUUGAACACAUCCCAGUGGCUGCAAAAAUGGAUCUUAAAUGUGCUUUGGAAGAGUGUUCAAUGGCAUUAAAUUUAUUUCUUAACAAUAAAUUUUCAGAAGCACUGGAAUUACUUCGUCCAUGGUCUAAAGAUAGCAUGUACCAUGCCCUAGGUUAUAGCGCUAUAUUAGUUAUUCAAGCAGCAAUGACAUUUGAACAACAGGAUAUCCAAAUGGGACUGUGUACAAUGAAAGAAGCUUUACAAACUUGUCAAAAGUAA